AAUGGCGCCUACGCACUCGAGGAUGUUCACCGACGCCGCCGACGACGCGUACGGGCUCUUCAGCGAUCCUCCUACUGGUCGCAAGACCUUUAAGAUGCAAAAUGCGAAGAACGGCCAGAAGUACAGGGAGGCUGUGUGGCCGCCCGAGCUUGAGAAGGCUUUGUUCAGAGGUCUUAUCAAGUACCACCCUGGGACGUCGAAGGACCGUAAAGCCCUUCAGCGUUUUCCUCGAAGGAACAAGAGAAUCUCGGAGUAUAUUAAGGAGACUCAGAAGAAGCUCAGGACCGCGAAGCAAGUCGGAAGUCGCCUUCAGCAAUUGCGGGAGACUUGCACGAUUCCUUGGGUGCUCGACCUGAUCAAUAACAAAAACUUCAAGAGCCGUCGUAUCCCCAGUUCGGCACUCGUCUCGCUCUUUGGGCCGGACUACGUCGACGAAGUACCCCACUUCGACGGCGACGCGUCCUCGCCAGAGCCUGCCAGUCUCGCCGCGUCUCCGCGCUCGUCCUCGUCUCGAACCCUCGUCAGUGCCGCCUCCGACGCCGCCAAGACCAUCUCGCGCGCGUCGACUACUUCUCCAACCGAGCCCUGCUUUCCACAGCAUCAGCUCCAGCCACCUUCCUUUCAACAACCUACGCUCCCUCAACCCACCAUCAUAAUUCCCGUCUCUUUGACCAUCAAGGACAAUGGCGUGCUCCCGGUCGCCCUGCCUUCGUUCACGAUCGACCUCGACGAGGGUCUCACGGACUCGCUCUCGGUUGCGCCGGCGCACACGCCCACGCGCUGCUAUGAGGUCCAGGCGUCACAGAUCAUCGACAGCCGCGCGCCGUCGGUCGGCUUCAGCUCGAACGCGGGCAGGCUCCCCGCCAUCGCGGAGUACCGCUGCGUUUCGUACGUCUACAAGAACCAGGAGCUGGUAUACACCGACUCGCAUGCAUCGCCUUAUCUCGCUCACUUCUCGACGAACGAUGCGUCCGCGACUUACUCUGGCACGACGCUCGUCCCCGACUAUUGGGGCGUCAUCAUGUCCAAUCCCGAGGAAAUCUCCACGUACAUGAUCACUCAGGAAAUCCUCCUCUCCAAGCCCGACCACGCGGGGGCCUACAAAGAAGUUGCGCCCGCCCUCUUCUUCAUCCAGUAUUCCCUCCAUGUCAACUUCUUGCCUCGCGCCUACAAUGAGCUCGCCUACACUGCCGUCACCAACCCAGACGCGUCCUCCUGGGCGGCCUACCCGGGUCAAGAUGGCGUCGCCAUGUACGGCAUGGAUUAUACCCCCGCCUACGUCCCCGAUGGCGCCGCGUACGAUUUCUCCGACAUUCAUCAAAGCCUCCCUGCAGUAGCGCCCGUCUAUGCUCCCACGGCGUACUCCCCUGUCGCGAUCCCUGCCCAUAUGUUCGACAUGUCGCGCGUCUGCGAGGCUCUCGACGGAUAUCCUCACCCCGAAUAUUA